AUGGCGCAACCUAGAAGACACUGGGUUAAACUAAGAGCUCCAAGUUCUUUUUUGCAAACAUUACCACAUUUUCCAACCCCUAUAUCGAAGACACGUCAAAAGAAAAUAACGGCCGAAGAGAAAAAAACUUCCGGAGGAGGUACUUCUCCAGCACCUAAGAAGGUCAUCAAGAAUCCACCGAAGACGGUAUCAAAGGUAUCGUCGCCAGCACCAAGCACCAACCCAGAAGUGUCCAAUGUGAACAACUUUAAGAUUAACUCAGGAUUAAAGGAACUGUCGACAUCCGGAUUAACGAUGAACAGCAUAAACAGUGAACACUACUUGUUAGACAAAUCGGGUAAUCCUACAAAGAAAUGGAUAAAAAAGCCUACCCAGUUCAAAACUUUUAGUGGAUUCAAGAUCAAGUAUGUUACAUGGAGACAGAAAGACCACGGAAAAGAACCAAAGAAUGUUGCUCCUCCACCACCUGCUAUUGCAACCGUUAAGGAAGAUGAAAACACGGCCGGUAGUUCGACAGCACCUAUGUCUGCUUCUGAAACCCCUGAAACUAAGCUAGAAACGUAG